AUGGGUCUUCCUAAACCAAGCCUGACAUUCACAUUACCUUCGCUUCAUGACGAUACUCCUCUCGACUGCCGCAUAUACCAGCCCAAAGCGACGUUGAACGGCGCUUUCUCCAAUGUUGCCGCGAUCCUAGCACAUCCGUACGCACCGCUGGGAGGAUGUUUCGACGAUCCGGUGCUUGAUGCCGUUGGCUCCGAAUUGUUGGAGAAUGGCUGGGCCGUAGCAACGUUCAAUUUCAGGGGCGCUUUAGGCUCUCAUGGGAGGACUAGUUGGACCGGAAAGCCAGAAGUGGCCGAUUAUAUCACGAUAGCGGGAUUUGUGAUCUUCUAUCUACAGCAUCUGCAAGUACGGCAGCGUGGUAUCCAAAGCCCGGAGGAGGGAGUAGGCCUUCCUCCUCAGGUGGGCAAUCCAGAAUCAAGCGAUCCUAACACGAUACAUCUGAUUCUGGGAGGAUACUCAUAUGGCUCACUCAUUGUCACGCACCUGCCUACUGUAUCAGAGAUCAUUGCCCGGUUCUCGUCGCCAGUUGAGGGCUCGGCGGCGGCGGAGGUUCGUCUCCGAGCGCGACGACUAGCUGAAGAAGAUGCGGCACUAUACAGCGCUUCUCUUCCAGCUACGAAUGUGGAUUCAUCCCCUUGUUCUCCAUCCAAAUCCAGAUUGCUAUCAAUUGGUGGGGAUGAAACCGAUGCUGAGCAUCGGAGGUCUCUCCGCGAGUUACGCAGAAGCAUUGAUGGCAGACCCAGCCAUAGGAGUCUCGAUCUUCCGGAGAGGAUCCGGUCCAUCCGUCAUAAGGAUAAAGGAAACCAGACCGGGCCAUCCACGCUUGCGUCCGAUGGCUCUGAUCUUCAAGCAGGCCACAUGCCCAACGUUGUCGAGUCAUAUCUCCUUAUAUCUCCCCUGCUUCCACCGACAUCAUUCUUCACCGCGGUAUCGCUCCGAGACCCGAAUCUAGAAAAGUUUUCACGGCAUCCUACACUGGCGGUGUUUGGUGAUUCCGACGUGUUUACUUCGAUCCGGAAGUUAAGAGAAUGGGCCGCCGGGAGGAGCCAGCCGGAUGGUUCACGAUUUCAAGGUGCGGCUGUGAACAAAGGGGGCCAUUUCUGGAUCGAUCCGGCACAUGUCAGAGAACUAAAGGAAGCGGUCAUCCGGUGGGCUGCUUCAAUCAAACAAUAG